AUCUGAUCACAACCAUUGUAUCCUUCCUUCUUGGCCAAUUCCAACUACUUUAGGGUGGUUCAUAAAGAUUUUAUAUAGAUUUUAUAUAUAGAGAAGUCUCCAUCAUUCUCUGAAUCUCUGCACAGCCCCACUUCUAGCUUUUUCCCACCUCUCUUUUACCUGGUAACACCAAAAGAAAAUAUUUAGCCCUCUGCAUCACUGGAUACCUUUCCUCCCUCCAACCAUUGCUAACCUCCCUUCUCUUCUCCUUUUCCAUCAUGUUGUUGGAGAGGACCACAGCCACCUCCCCUCCCCCUCCUCAUAUUCUCUACCACCUUCAUGGCUCUUGAACGCAUUUCCUGCUUUAGCCCCUGAACCCUUUGAGGUCUGUGGUCUCUCUCUCUCUCCCCACAUCUUCUUCGCUUCUUUGGUUCUUCUCCCUCUUAUGCCUGGGGGUUCUUAAAUGCUUUAAGCUCACAUGAGUCAUAUUUAUUUUUCCUUUCCCAUGGACUGUUCUAUCUGAGCUUCUCUACUUCUCUCAAGAUAUUGCUCCACUGUUCCUCCUCUUCUUCCCUACUUCCUCUAGUGUUAGCAAAACAAGGGAAAAAAGGAAUUGUUGGUCUUUUUAACUACUUAGAAAUUAGCUCGAGUUAGCAGGUCUCAAGUUCCAGUGCAGUGCACUACAUUGUGUUCUUCUGUGCUCUCUUCCAUGAAAUCCCUGCUCUUCUAUGCUUGCUUAAUGUUCUCUUCAGAAUGCUUCUUCAUUAGACCUCUAAAGCAUUUGUUCUUCUCUAUUCUUUUCAUCUUGUCUCCUUCUAUCUACGUCAUUCUUCUUUAUUUCCUCUUUCCAAUGCCGGAAUCUUACUUCCCUCUUCGGUGGGAGAGCACUGGGGAUCAGUGGUGGUAUGCCUCUCCUAUCGAUUGGGCUGCGGCCAAUGGCCAUUACGACCUCGUCCGAGAGCUCCUCUAUAUUGAUGCUAACCUCCUCAUCAAGCUCACCUCCCUCCGCCGGAUCCGGCGGCUCGAAACCGUCUGGGACGACGAUGCCCGCUUUGUAGAUGCUGCUAAAUGCCGGUCCUUUGUCGCCCGAAACCUCUUUAUCGAAUGCGAGAAGAAGAACCGGAAGAAUUCACUGAUUCGAGCUGGCUAUGGUGGUUGGCUGCUCUACACUGCAGCCUCAGCAGGGGAUAUUAGCUUUGUUCAAGAGUUGCUUGAGAGAGACAAACUUCUGGUCUUUGGAGAAGGGGAGUAUGGUGUGACUGAUAUAUUUUACGGCGCGGCGAGGAGCAAGAAUUCUGAGGUUUUUAGGCUUCUGUUUGAUUUUGCCGUGUCACCGAGGUGCUUCGUAGGUGCCGGCGGUGGCAGAAAGGCGGUGGAUGGGUCGGAUGCUGGUGUUUCGAUUUUUAGGUGGGAGAUGAUGAACAGAGCUGUUCAUGCUGCUGCUAGAGGAGGGAAUUUGGAUAUCCUGAAAGAGCUUCUUGAUGACUGCUCUGAUGUAUUAGCUUAUAGGGAUGUUCAAGGAUCUACCAUCUUGCAUGCCGCCGCUGGCAGAGGACAAGUUGAGGUGAGACUGCUUCUACUUCAAAAUUUUCAAGUUGAGGGGAUUUCCUCAGUAAUUUUCAGUUUUGAUGGUGGGUCUAGGAUUCUCUGUAUUUUUUUGAUAUGUUGAAGAGAACAGAUUUUGUUUCUGAAAAAGAAGAAUUGUGAGUGAAUGCAUACAAUAAGUGGUUGCUUUCCACU